GCCAACUCUUGCCUUCGCAUCUUGUUCCAUCAGGUGAUUUUUGUAUCAUUUUACUUACCUCUCAGCAGUCAUCCCUUCUUUGCCAACUGUCCAAGACUUGCGGCAAUCUCGAUGGCAGUUAUAUCAGACUAGGGUUGCGCUGCCAUGAGAAGCCCAGCCCAUCAACGCUUGGCACAGUUAACGUUGCUUCCAAUUCGCAUUUUAAAAAUUCUAUACCGAUUCGGUAAAUGCCGAUAUUAUUUGCCGUUUGACUGAAAAAAAUAUUUCUAGUAGAAGCAAUCAUUUGCCCUCUAUUGCCAGUUUCCCUUUGCUGAUUGUCAAUGUCUUAACCCCGCGCCUCCCUUUGCUGCUCUUCACCAUUCACUUGGGCAGGUGUCAGCCAACAGACUUCCAGAAACAGCAGUCUCCCUGGUGAAUAGUUCAAACAAUAUCGUGCUAGGGCAUUCCUAAAAGAUGCUAAAAUCGAAAAUGGUUCCCUUGGUUCUUGCCUCUUCAACAUGGAGGUCAAACCUUUAUUAACUGUGCUAGUCUCGCCGUCGAUGAAGCAGCCGAAUUCUCCAUCUCCCAGGCAGCUUUCUCAUUCAUAACCACUUUAUCUUAGGGACUCUUAGCUUAUUCAUUGUAUUCCAUAUACUCAGACACGCAUCUUUGUCUACCACAGCACCGAAAAUGCCAUCAAUGAAGACAAUUGUCGCCGCCACGGUUGGCCUUGCAAGUCUUGCCCAGGCUCACAUCAUCAAGAUCACCGCUCAAUCAGAUGGUGUCUUCCAUCCUGAUACAGUGCAUCCUCGUCCUGGUGACGUGCUUGAAUUCCAUUUCCAGGCAGGCAACCACAGCGUUGUCGCGGGUGAUUACAACAAUGCCUGUGCUCCCAUGAAUCUCGGUACUGGCUUUUUCUCCGGUUUCUUUCCCACCGACGCUGGUGAUUCCCCAAAUGUUUUCCGCGUCAAGAUCAACGACACUGAACCCAUGGCAUUCUACUCAUCCCAAGGCCUCGAAUGCGCACAUGGCAUGAACGGCAUGAUUAACCCCAAUGGCGAAAAGAAUCUGGGUGACUACAAGGCCCGUGCUAGCUCCUUGAGCAUGGCUGUCAGCCCUUCUAAUGAGCCGUUCGGAGGAGAGGUGCUAUCAAAGACAAGCGCAGCUUAUUCUGCCCUCCCCGAAGCUUCUGCCGAUACUACAGAAGACUGCACGCCAGUUGAACCAAGCCAAUAUCCAGCACAUCCCUCAAGCAGCUCUACGGUAGCGCCUCCCGUAUCAAACCUGACAAACAUUGAUGGUAGCCCCAUUGGCGGCGUGACGACUGCACAGGCAGCGACAACCCAUACAUCUCUUGCCGCAAUGGCUGGUGUUCUGAUUGCGAUGUUGAUGAUGUGACUUAUUUGAUAUUGAUGUUUUCAUCUCUCUCUUUCUGCCCGAUGGGAAUUGGAGAUGUCAUCAAGCUGUACCGACACUUUUUUCUAGUAUGAUAAUAAUCAAUCCAUGACUUUUUUCUGAUUAAUCUUUUGCUGUGUCUCCAAC